CGAGUUUCGUAAAGAGCCAAAGUAUAGCUGUUCAGGAAAGUCGUGAUGUCAUCGUUGCCCAUCUCGCCGACUCCCUUCGGAGCUCCCAUGUCGAAAUACUUCCUUUUCGACAAGAACUAUAAGAACCUCAAUCACGGCAAGUCCAACGACAGCCAACAUAUAUACAAGCAGACAACUAACGAGGAAUAACCCAGGCUCCUUCGGCACAUACCCCUCACCCGUCCGGACAGCCCUACACAAAUAUCAAGCGGAGACGGAAGCCCGUCCAGACCUAUUCAUCCGGUACACGCGGCCCAAACUGGUCGACGAAUCCCGCAAAGCAGUAGCCCGUCUACUCUCCGUACCCACUAAUGAAUGCGUCCUUGUCCACAACGCGACGACGGGCAUCAAUACGGUCCUCCGCAACUUGACUUUCCAGCAGGGCGAUGUGAUCGUCUACUUCGAGACUAUCUACGGGGCCAUCGAGAAGACUAUCGUCUCGCUUACGGAGACCACCCCGCUCUCCGCGCGGAAGGUUGCGGGUUACGAUCUGUCUUGUAUCGCGGACCAUGAGGAGUUAGUGGAAAGGUUUCUGCGGACGGUCCGUGAUGCGAGAGCGGAGGGGUUGAAUGUUAAAAUUGCCGUUUUCGACGUCAUGGUUAGUAACCCCGGCGUUAGGUUUCCGUUUGAGCGCUUGACGGAGGUUUGUCGGGAGGAGGGUAUCUUGAGUGUCGUUGAUGGGGCGCAUGGGAUUGGGAUGGUCCCGUUGGAUUUGGGGAGGUUGAAUCCGGACUUUUUUACAAGCAAUUGUCAUAAAUGGCUCUACGCUCCUCGUGGCUGCGCAGUUCUCUACGUCCCUGUCAGAAACCAACAUCUUAUCCGCACCACUAUUCCAACGUCGUGGGGGUUCAUCCCUUCCCCUUCCUCCGCGGAAACACCCGCCUCGACCUUGCCGCAAGACAAGAAUAAAUCUGCGUUCGAGACAUUGUUUGAAUUCGUCGCCACAAGCGACGACACCCCCUACGUCUGCAUUCCGGAAGCAAUCAAGUUCCGAAACGAGGUCUGCGGGGGCGACGAGCGUAUCUUCGAGUACCUCGAGCGACUCGCUAAUUCAGGUGCAGAUAUCGUCGCCUCCGCGCUCGGCACGGAGGUGAUGCAGGAGAGGAACUUAAAGCCUGGAGAGGUGAGUAAGUUGAGACGAUGCGCCAUGACUACGGUCAGGCUCCCCUUGGUCCUUGCAAGGGAGGAUGGCUCUUCCAUGUACCCAUCUCCAUAUAAGCCGUUCAAGAAGGAUGAGCUACCGUCUAUCAUAAGCUGGAUGGAGACUCGGAUGACUGAGAAAUACGGGACGUUUGUGCCUGUUUUCUUGCAUGGAAGUGCGCUGUGGACCAGGUUAAGUGCGCAGAUUUAUCUGGAGAACAGCGAUUUCGAGUGGUUGGCUGGAGUCCUGAAGGAGCUUUGUGAGACGGUUGGGAAGAGGGAGGUAGAUCUGAAGUGAUGCUUUUCUUUUGUGAAUAUAUACACUCCCUUUCCUAAUCUGCAGGAAGCUUUAGCAAUUUCAGGGGUUUUGUG